CUUCACGGAGCUCGCUUUUGUUCAGACGUCACCGAGGGAAAGUUGAGGCACCGGGUCCAAGUGAAAUCUGCAGCCAUGAUGAAGUUGAUGUUUUGCUUGAUCUUCAUUACUGCUGGAGCUUUAGCUGAUCUUGAAGAACGAUAUGUAGAUAUAGCUGAAGUUCCUCCUUGUCCGAAGCUUUGUUACACUAGGUGGUUUGAUCGUGAUAACCCCAGCGGGUUCGGAGAUUAUGAGACGCUCAUCAACCUGAGAGCGGAGAACCCGGGGAUGAUCUGCAACCUGCCGUACUCCAUCCAGGUUCAGACCCUCUCAGGAGCAGACGCUUCGACUACCGGACAAGUGUUUGCAUACUAUGACACAGUGAAUGGUUUUGCGUGUGUGAACUCUCAGCAGAAAAAACCUUGGAGGUGUCUGGACUACAAGGUUCGCUUUGUUUGCCCGUGUCCAGUCCAAACACUGGCAGAUGAAAUAAUAAAGGAGACUGAGUACUUUGUGGGUCUUCAGGGCGUGUGCAGUAGUAAAAACGUGAUCAUUUGUUUUGGAGUGAAGACUUUGGGCAUCAUGAAGGCGUCUAUCUUUGUGUUCCUGAUUAUAAUGGGUGUUUUCUCUGAAGGUCAGGAGCUUCUGAAUAUCAAAGUUUGUUACACUCAGUGGUUUAACCGUGACAGUCCUACUGGAUUCGGAGAUUAUGAAACCCUCGACAGACUGAGAGUAGAAUAUCCAGGGAUGAUCUGCCUCAAACCUCUAACCAUUGAAGCCACAACGCUGUCUGGUCUUUCAGCUUCAAGCACUGGACAAGUGUUUGAGUACUACGAUACGGUACAUGGUUUUGCCUGUGUGAAUUCUCAGCAAAAACCUGGACCAUGUCUAAAUUAUAAGGUGCGUUUUGGCUGCCCGUGUCCUUGGUCUCCGCUAAACAUGAAUCUGUAAACCUGUUUAACUUUCAUCUGUUACCCUUCAGAAAUAUUGUCUCAUGUAUAAACAUGUGCAAGAACAAAGCUGUGACUUGUUUCUUGAACACAUGAGCAGUUUGUAUUUCCUGUAAUGAGAAACUGAUGUAAUAAAAUUUUAGUUUCA